GACAAAUUUAUCCCUCACGAAAUCUGGGCCUUGCUUGCUUGCACACCGAUCCGACACGUACACAUAUCAUCCACACUGGCCUGGCACGAAACGAAAUACGAUCCUCCAGUCCAAUCCAUCAUCGUCGUCCACAGGACCUUCAUUCCGAUCUGAUCAGACAUGGCUUUCCUUGUGACAUCCUUAAUAUUCGCUGUCGUGGGAAUCAUUGCGUCGAUAUUCACAAGGAUCUGCUUCAACCAAGGCCCCUCCACCAAUCUGCUACAUUUUACUUUGGUCAUUACAGCCACUGUCUGCUGUUGGAUGAUGUGGGCAAUUGUAUACAUUGCGCAGAUGAAGCCUCUCAUUGUCCCUAUCCUAAGCGAGGUUGAGUAGACACCCAUCUACUCCAACUAGGCAACCCAAUGCACGGAUUUGAUUGUCUGCUCGCUCUUUCUGUGUAUACCUCUUCAAACAUAUCUGUUUUGUUAUCCCUAUCGCGGUGUGGAACAAACAAUACCUUUGCCUCUCCUCACUGUUAAAUCUUGUCUCUCAUUCAUUUUAUUUGACAGUCUGCAUCAUACUCAAAAGACUAUGCCAGAGAGUAUGUAUUAUUUGUUGAUGAAAUAAAAAUCUUUGGAGGAAUA